GUUAUCGCUUUCUAAUCAGUUUCUUUUUUGGAUGUUAGCUGCUGGAAAGAGCAAAAAGCUAUAAAGAGCUUUCAAUUGAUUAACCUAUGGUAACUUCAAAACAACUUGAAAGACUAUUUCAUAAUUUCACUCAACAGAACGUGACAAAGAAAAGUAGUCAGGAAAGGAUGGCCUGCAUGCAAGGACCUCGAGGGUUACCAGGCGCCCCCGGUUCACCUGGACCUACUGGUCCCCAAGGCCCUCAAGGACCAAGUGGUAAAAGAGGAAGAAAGGGAACCACGGGUCCCCCUGGACCCCAGGGAAAACGAGGCAGUAGAGGAUUACCAGGAUCCCCCGGACCUGCAGGCCCGUCUGGUAAAUCAACACAACGUGAAGGAAGUCCCAGUAAUGGACGUCAGUUAGAAUCACCACACUUUGUUACAAAGCCUUCUCCUUUCAUGACGGUGAAAGAAAAACAAGACGUGACACUACCUUGCAAAGCAACUGGGUUCCCACCGCCAGUAAUCACGUGGUACAAAGAUGGUCACGUGAUAGAAGAAGAAAAAAAACAGUUUAAGAGAAGACAUUUGGAAAUAAAGAAUAUAUUAUAUGAAGAUCACGGCGUCUACACUUGUACAGCCGAGAAUCUGUUGGGCAGAGUUCAGUUAUCAGUUAACGUAACUGUGAAAGUACCUGCAAAGUUUGUUAAAAAACCAAAGAGUUCAGUGACCGCUUACAAGAACUGGGACGCAAUUCUCAAAUGUGACAUAUUUGGUUACCCCUUCCCUGAGGUCAAAUGGACAAGAUCACUCAAACAACUUCCAAUUAACAGACAUGUUAUUGAUGGUCACAAACUUACGAUAAAAAACACAACAGAGGACGACGGUGGUGCUUACCUAUGUGAAGGAGAGAAUCAACUUGGGAGCGUCAUAGCGGUAACAUGGAUAAAUGUGAAAGAUGUUGUGAAUCCGCACAUAGUGUUAAACCCUCCCAGUGAAAUCAGAGUGCAGAAUGUUGGUGAUUCAGUCAAGUUGAAUUGCUCUGCUAGUGGCUUGCCGCUACCUAAAGUCAAAUGGUUCAAGGAUGGUAGCUUAAUUUCUACGGCGGCGCACGAGGACAAUGAUUUGAUAAAAAGUACAUUGGUUAUUCAUCGCUUCAAGCCAAGAGACGCUGGGAUCUACACAUGUCUGUUUGAGAAUGACAAGAAUGGGACAGCGGAAAAUAGCACUUCUCUAAUCUUAGUGAAUUGUCUUGAUCCUGGUUCUCCAUUAAACGGACAAAAACACGGAUUACGAUACUGGACUGGGGAAUUUGUGUCAUUCAUUUGUCAUCCGGGAUAUCGCUUGAUUGGACCAACCACUAGAAAAUGUCUGCCUUCUGGUAACUGGAGUGGUAUACAGCCUUCAUGCUUCAAAGCUUGUCCUCCGUUGGGAAACCUGAAGCACGGUUUAGUCCACGGACAGCACUAUUGGGAAGGAAAACAUAUUUCCUUCACUUGCAAUCCUGGUUACUGGUUAAAAGGAUCCUCAGAACGUUACUGCUUGACGAAUGGUACUUGGUCAGGAGUUCAACCUUCGUGUAUUGGAAUGAAAAUACAGUCAAAUAUUUUACAAAGCAAUGAACGUUUCGCAAGAUACUUCAGUCAAUUUAUGGAACCAGUGACUGGUUCGCAUUUAUAUUGGAAGCUGUGUUACCGCGCCACCAAUCAUGGCUGGUCGGCAAGUACCUUCCACAGCAACUGUGACGGUAAGGGCAGAACAGUUACCAUCAUCAAGAAAGACCAAUACGUGUUUGGAGGAUACACAGAUAUUUCCUGGGAUACCAGUGGUAGCUAUGGUUCCACUCCCAAUGCUUUCAUAUUUUCACUCCGCAACAAAGAAGGUCUUGGACCAUUCAAGAGCAUGGUGACACACCCAGCAUAUGCAAUUUGCAGGAGCUCAAGUUAUGGUCCAACAUUUGGUAGAGGGUGGGACAUCUGCAUUGGUAACAAUGCCAACAGUAACACUAAUUCAUACACAGACUUUGGUGAACACAACGACUACUCUGUUCCAAGUGGAGUACAAGACCAGUGCACAAUCCUGGCUGGGACUCGUUACUUCACACCUGAUGAGGUGGAGGUGUUUUAUCUUGACUGAAUCACCGCGGCAAGAUGUGGCGAUUCAAUUAUAUUUACUUGAUGUCAGUGUUGCACUUUAUAAUCUCUGUAUGUCACGAAUGUUGAUGGCACAAUCCAGAAAAAGACCGGUUUGGAAAGUACAUGUAGGUUUGGUUAUAACGGGA